CCCAAUAACCGCGCCCUAUCACUUUCUCGCCACACCUUCCUCCUGGGGUUAGGGUUUCGUUUUCCAAUCCCAAAUCCAGAUCAGACACCCUCCACCCCAAUCCCUCAUCGAAACCUGUCAAUUACCAUAGGGCUCCUUUACCUCUCACUCCCACAUCCAUACAGGCUAUAUAAAUUCUUGAUGUUGUAUUGCUCUCGUUGUGGUUCGAACUCCACAUUGGAUGAUUUAGAGUUUCAUUCGGUCUAUGGCUUCCUGUAUGUUCUCUGUGAUCUGCAUUCUCCAUUCCUUGAUCGCUCUAACAUGUGGCUCUUUGGUUAUGCUCUAUCUCAACGAGAUCUCCGUGUUUGGUCAUGGCAUGGAGACGGCUAAAAAGCUACAGGGAUCAACUCCGCACGACCAAUUGUUGAUACAAACUUCAAAUUCCUUUGCUGGGUUGCUUUUGUUUGUAAUUGGGUUUUUGCUGUCCAUGGUGGCUUUUGUAAAGGAUAGGGAUUUUCAGAGCUUUUUUGCUAAAGGGUGUGUUUUUAUGCAUGUUUCAAUGGCUCUUUGGAGGGUUAAUUUUGAAAGGAGGAUUGCGGAUUUGGCUUCGGAUUGGCCAAGACAGCUUGUGGGGGAUUUUGCAUUGGCGCUUUCGUGGGUUUUCUUUCUUGUGUACACUUGGAGAGAGAAGUAUGAUUAGUUUGAAUAAAUAACAUUAAGUGAGUGUUUUUUUUUUUCUUGGAAUAAGUAUUGGAGGCUUUAGGACUGAA